ACAGCUUGUUCGCAAGGCCAGGCGCCCCAAGAGAAACCUGGGUUACGCGAAAUUGACUGUGGGUGUCACUCUGUCCUCUGCGAUCUUUCAGGCUAGAGUGAGUCCGCUAUUUCCCAGAUAUUCUUCCUGGAGGCCUAGCUGGCCAUCUGAUUGCUCUUGGGAUCAUACCCGCAUGAUUACCAUUCGAUUGACGCCAUGCCGGCCAAAUCUCGAUUUACAAGGCUAGACGCCUUCGCUAAGACGGUCGACGAGGCACGUAUCCGUACUACGUCCGGUGGUGUCAUUACAAUAGCCUCGCUCCUUGUUAUUCUGUGGCUUGUUUGGGGAGAAUGGGCAGAGUACAGGCGUGUUGUGGUUUUGCCAGAAUUGGUGGUCGAUAAGUCAAGAGGAGAGAAGAUGGAGAUUCACUUGAACAUCACAUUCCCACGACUUCCCUGCGAGCUUACAACCCUUGAUGUGAUGGACGUUUCGGGCGAACAGCAAGUUGGCGUCGCACAUGGUGUGAACAAGGUGCGCCUGGCGCCAGCCUCGGAAGGAGGUCGUGUUAUUGACGUCCAGUCUUUGGAACUCCACUCCAAACAAGAAGCAGCUAAGCACCUUGAUCCCGAUUAUUGUGGUGAAUGUGGCGGCGCACAACCCCCACCCAAUGCUGUCAAGCCAGGGUGCUGUAACACUUGCGACGAGGUCCGGGAAGCCUACGCACAGAAGCAGUGGGCAUUCGGAAAAGGUGCCAACAUCGAACAAUGCGAACGCGAGGGCUAUGUGCAACGAAUUGACGCCCAGCGUCGCGAGGGAUGCCGUGUGGAAGGUGUUAUCCGGGUGAAUAAAGUGGUUGGAAACUUCCACAUUGCGCCAGGCCGUAGCUUUUCUAGCGAGAACCUCCAUGUUCACGAUCUCGCCAGCUACAUAGAGGUAGACAUGCCCGCCUCCGACAAGCACACCAUGACCCAUAUCAUCCACCAGCUUCGUUUUGGACCCCAACUUCCCGACGAACUCUCCGAUCGCUGGCAAUGGACCGACCAUCACCAUACGAACCCCCUGGACAGCACCAGCCAAGAAACCGACGAACCCGGCUACAACUUCAUGUAUUUUAUCAAAGUGGUUUCAACCUCGUACCUGCCUCUUGGCUGGGAUCCUCUGCACUCCACAGCCCUGCACAGCGCAUCCGACAACACCCCUCUCGGGGCACACGGACUUAACCAGGGUUCUCAAGGUAGUAUCGAGACGCACCAGUACUCUGUGACCUCGCAUAAGCGCUCCCUGAUGGGCGGAGAUGCCUCCGACGAGGGCCACAAGGAGCGCAUCCACGCCUCCAACGGCCUCCCUGGCGUCUUCUUCAACUACGAUAUCUCCCCUAUGAAAGUCAUCAAUCGCGAAGCCAGCCCCAAGACAUUUACCAGUUUUUUGACCGGUGUCUGCGCAAUCAUCGGUGGCACUCUGACCGUGGCCGCAGCCGUGGACCGUACCUUUUACGAGGGCGUCAACAGAGUCCGAAAGCUACACUCCAACUAGGUGGUAGACAUGGGCCUUCCUUCCUUCCUUCCUUUUCUAUGCUAAAAUAUACGAAGUUUGACGUGAACACUCCCCCCUAUCAUAAAGAACUUUGCAUAAAUAAAAUUAAACUAAAAACAGGCCGAAAAAAUCAGCAACAGAUGGAACCAUCCCCGAUGACUUACUUGCACCUAGC